AUGCCACCUCGUCCACCCGCCUCCCCGCUUUCUCUGGAAAUAUGCUCGCCGUCCGCUUCCGACAUGGACAUCGAUGGAGUACUCGGCUCCGAUGAAGAACUAGACGAAGCUGAUUGGACUGCUCGACGACAAAGGAUUGAGAGGCUCGCUGAGUCGUACUUGAACGGCACUCCGCUUUUCAUACUCUCUGCUUCGCUCCGGGGGCCAUUCGACAGGGACUGGGUGAACCCUUGGAAGAAGUCAAGGAGGAGGGCGUCUGGCAUUAGACACCAAGACAGUGGACCGACGAGCGAUACAGCCGCGGCGGAAGAGAUUGUGAUACAGGAGACCAACUCUCGGAAGCGGAGACGAUACCAUGAAUUACAAGACAUCCGUGGGUCAAAUUAUCAUGUCGGUCUCUCGGACUUCGAUGUUGCAUCCUCUCUUCACGAUGAGGACCUCCGAACAAAAUCGAAAAGUCCAUUGUCGUCGAGACCACUGCGUGAGAAACGAUCCGGAGUCUCGAUGGCCUCACAACCGUCACCGAAGAGGUCAAUACCUUGGGCAAGACUAUCCUCUCUACAAGGGCAAGAUCAGGAACCAAGCCCGUUUGUUAGCAAUGAUGCUUCUUGGUUGAAGAAGGAUCGUGUCUGGAUCAAUUCCAGGAAUGUUGAUCCUCCCACAUCCCCUACAACUACUGUCUCCAGCCGUCAAUCCGAUAUGAGAGCUCGUGCGACCGCAACUCACUCAACCAAACGGCAAUUUCCGACCAACGCAAUUCCAUCUCAACGUCGUUCCAGCAUGGAUUCGUCCAAUCGCGCAGGAUCUCCGGUCACUAUGAUUUCCCGCCAGGGAUCCAUUGCUGGGAAGGGUGGAUCGAAGGAGAAUGAAACGAUCGUUUCGUCGUCGUCACAACUACCUAAGUUUGAGUACCGUCGACGGAAGGUACGUGCUGCUUCUAGAGAGGAACAUACCAGUUUCCCAAUGGUCCUGGACAAGAGAAAGUCACCAGUAGUAGCUGAGGUGAUGAAGGUGCCCGAUUUCAAGGCCGAUCGUCCGCCUCAAGCGCCUGCACCCCGAAAUGUUUCAUUCGCAGACGCUGGGGAUCGCUGCCAAUCGGAAAGCUCGCAGGCAUCACAUACUCUGACAAAAAGUGAUGCCACGCCUGCCAGUCCUCCCGGCAUGGAAACAGCCCGGAAUCCUCAUGCAGCCAGAUCGAUGCAGGCCAAUACUAGCGAAAAGUUACAUUCUGCCCAACGAGUGCCUGGAAACUCGGCCAUGAUGGACUGUGCUACGUCUCUGCAUACCAUCGCUGUGUCGAAAGAAGAAACAGAGUAUGAUGGUGAUACUAUCCCAGACGCCCAAUUUUCCACGCAGGCAGCUGUUUUGCUCGCUCAGAGGUCUUUCCAGAAUGACUUGGAAAGCCCGGAACCCGAGGAGCUUCCUUCGCGUCCAACAGGCAACCCGACUCAGACCCCUAACCCCAAUGCAUCCCCCCCAAACGAGAUCACACCGUUCUACCAACUGAAUACUCCCGGCAAGGCGGAGAUCACAAAUAAGUCAUCAAAACCUCCAGCUACAGGGUUGCCAGUAAUGAGCACGCAAUGCAUCAUUGAUGCAGUCACUCCUUUCACAUUUAGUACAGAGAAGAAGAAGAGUAACUACCGUGUUCUUUCAUCGGCAAAGAGUCGUUCAGGGGGAAGGAAAUCACAGGAUGUCAAUCUUGCUACUCGUAUAGCGCCAUCCACUCACUCGUCGCCAUCACCGAGCGUAAGGGACUACUCAGAGCUUGGGAAUUCGGAUGCUGAGAGGAAUCUCGACGAUGACUCCAGGCCCGAGAUUUCUAUCCUCCGUGAUUUCCAACCUCAGAGUCAAAAUAGUGUCUUGCCAAUGACGUUGACAGGAACGACUCCUCCCACCGCCCAGGACGGACAAGGAGUAAUCGCAGGUGCAGAUAGCUUUAGUCUCAGUCAAGCGAUUGCAGAUGCAGGAAGCUGGUUGCAACAGAGCUUUGAGAUCAACCGAGAUCUUCAACAGUGUAAUAGGUGGAAAGCGUUCAACUUCUUUGACGUCUCGUCGGUCAAACUUCCGGAAGAGUGCUCGUCAAUAUUAAAAUCCGAUCUCACGUCUCUCAGCGCCGGCUCCUCUAAUCUCUUUAUCGGUUCUACCGAUGGCCUGGUGCACAUCGUUUCCGCUGGAUUCAAGAUCGUGCGAUCUUUCAAGGCAGCGGACAAUGGUUCCAUUACGCAUAUUAAACGAAUAGAAGGCACGUCACUGCUUAUCACCAUCGCAGAAGACCUCCCCAACGAACCCGUGCUGAAAGUGUGGGCGCUCGACAAACCCGAGAAGAAGACCGGAGCGCCGCGUUGCUUGUCUACGACGUCGAUACAGAAUGCGCGGAGGCCAUUCCCUAUAUCUGCGUUCGCGGCUCUGGAAGAUUUGUCGCAGGUAGCGGUGGGAUUUGGCAACGGAUCGGUUACAAUCAUUCGUGGCGACUUGAUCCAUGAUCGUGGUGCACGACAACGCAUUGUCUUCGAGUCGGAGGAGCCUAUUACUGGGCUCGAGGUACAAAGCGGGGUGUUAUCGACACUCUUCAUCUCGACAACGAGUCGAAUAUUGACCUUGGUCAUCUCCGGCAGAGGACAAGGUCAACCGGCGCGUGUGUUGGAUGACUCUGGCUGCGGCGUUGGCUGCAUGGCGCUUGACAAAGACACCGGAGACAUUGUCGUUGCUAGAGAGGAUGCUAUUUACACGUAUGGGCCGCAUGGACGUGGCCCGAGCUAUGCAUUUGACAGCCCGAAAAACUCCAUCAACGUAUUCAGGGACUAUGUGGCCUUGGUAUGUCCUCCAAGGGCUGCCUUGGGAAACCUUCGCAGUCAGGCCGAUGAGAUCUUCAGCACAACGACUUUCACGCUGCUUGAUACGGAUCUCAAGUUUAUAGCUCAUUCGGAAUCUCUGGCAGCGUCUGUCAGGCAUAUUUUCAUAGAAUGGGGCGACUUGUUCCUUCUCUCGACCGAUGGAAAGGUAUAUCGUUACCGUGAAAAGAGCCUCCAGCAGAAGCUGGAGAUACUGUACCAACGCAAUCUUUACAUACUGGCCAUCAAUCUGGCGCAGAAAAAAGGCGUUGACGCUCUACAGCAGAAUGCCAUCUAUCGCAAGUAUGGCGAUUUCCUCUACCAGAAAGGCGACUACGACACGGCAAUGCAGCAAUACCUACGGGCUAUUGACAAUACUGAACCUUCGCAGGUUAUACGGAAGUACCUUGAUACGCAGCGUAUCCAUAACCUGAUUGAGUAUCUUGAAGAACUUCACGAUCACGACCGAGCUACCGUUGAUCACACUACGCUCCUUCUAAACUGUUACGCCAAACUCAAAGACACGGACAAGCUGAACUCCUUUAUCAAAGCUCCAGGAGAGCUCAAGUUUGACCUGGAGACGGCCAUCGCUAUGUGCCGACAAGGAGGUUAUUAUGAGCAGGCAGCCUAUUUGGCUACAAAAUACGGCGAAAAUGACAUGGUCAUUGAUAUCCUGAUUGAGGAUUCGAAGAAGUACGCUGAAGCCGUGGAAUACAUCUGGAGACUUGAGCCGGACUUGGCUUAUCAUAACCUGAUGAAAUAUGCCCGGGUAUUGCUAGCCAAUUGCCCUCAAGAGACUACGGAACUCUUCAUGGCGUACUAUAAGGGGCAGUAUAGGCCAAGAACAGAGGUAGAGGUCCCAGCCGCACCCCAGACACAACCAACCAGUACUUUGCAAAGCUUGGCGGGUUUCCUUCCUUUGUCUCUGAUUAAUGCGGGUUCCGGAGCGAAGGCUGAAAAGCCCAAGGAUAUUCUUGAUGAGGAGACGAAAAUUGCAGAAUCGACUCCAAGCUAUGAAAUCCCGAGACCAAGGACAGCUUUCUCGGCUUUUGUGGGCCGUCCGCAAGAAUUCAUUGCUUUCCUGGAGUCGCUGAUCGACCUGGAAAUUCUGAAGGAGGACAAAGUCGACAUUUACACGACACUCUUUGAGAUGUACCUGGAUACAGCAAAUCGUAAGAAGGAUUCUGCUGAAAAGGAGGAGUGGGAAAACAAAGCCAAAACUCUCAUCGAAGGGAAAGACAUACCGAUCUCGACUUCAAACGUCCUUCUCUUAUCAGAUCUGUCUAAUUUCCGAGAGGGAUCAACUCUCGUACGUGAGCAAGAAGGGCUUCGUUCUGACAUCUUCCGGUCUUUUACCUCGGCCAAGGACACCCGUGGAGCUAUCAGAGCUCUGCGGAAGUAUGGACCAGAAGAGCCUCGGCUAUAUGUGGAUGCUCUGACAUACUUCGCCUCAAGCCCGGCCAUCCUUGAGGAAGCCGGUGACGAACUCGACGUGGUACUCAAAAGAAUCCACGAUGACGGAUUAAUGUCGCCAUUACAAGUCAUUCAAGCUUUGAGCAACAACUCUGUGGUCACCAUGGGCCGUGUCAAGAAGUAUCUUAGCGACAACAUCGAGCGCGAGCGGAAAGAGAUUUCUACUAAUCGCCGCUUGAUAUCGAGUUACAGCUCGGAAACCGAGAAGAAAAGGCAAGAAAUCGAGCAACUGGGUACCAAGCCCGUCGUUUUCCAGGCCCGUCGGUGCAUGGCGUGCGGUGGAGCUCUGGACCUUCCUACUGUGCACUUCCUCUGCAAGCACUCAUUUCAUCAACGUUGCCUCAAUAAGGUGGAUGAAGACGCAGAAUGCCCGAUGUGUGCGCAAGAAAAUUCCACCAUCAAAGCUAUCAGGAGGAGACAAGUGGAGUCAGCAGACCAACAUGAUCUCUUCAAGGGAGAACUUCAACGGGCAAAGGAUCGAUUCGGCGUGAUUAGUGAGUUCUUCGGUCGGGGUGUGAUGCGGCCGCAGAGUACCAUGGAAUCGUGA